AUGGAGCAGUACUUAGAAGUGUUUCAGGAACAAGCUGUUGCUAAACCUUCUCCAUGUGAAGCUGAACUUCAGGAAUUAGUGCAUCAAAUUGACAUCAUGGUAAACAGCAAGAAAGUGGAAUGGGAAAGGAAGAUGAAAGCUUUAGAAGCAAAGAUGGAUAUCCAGGAUAAAGAAUUAGCAAGUGCCCAAAGCAAACUGGAUCAAAAAGGUCAAGAGGUGGGACUACUUCGACAGAAACUGGAAGACUUACAGAAAACUAAAUAUGAAAUGGCUCAGAAUUAUGAAACUCAGCUUCAAGCACUGAAAUCUCAAUUUUCAGAGUUGACACAUAGUUAUGAAAAGCUACAGUCACAUCAGUUAAAACAAAAAAAAGUUGAAAGCAGAGAAAAAUGUGAGGAAAGCCUAGAGGCACCAUCUGAACUGAGCAAUUUAUACAAGAAACUGGAGGAAUUUAAGGCAAAAUCAAGAGAAUGGGAUAAGAAGGGGAAAAUCUGCCAAAAUUAUCUUGUUUAUGUAGAUGCUCAACAAAAAUUAUUGUCCAAGAACUGUAAUUUAUUUCAGAAGCAGACCCAGAAUUAUCAAUUCCCAAUAAGCAAUAAGAAACAAAACCAAGAAGAGGUGAUUACCUAUGGCCAGCCCAAAAGUGAAAAGGAUGACUUGAUUAUUGAAAAGCUAAAGGCAACUGUGAAUGAAAUAGCAAUAAACAAGAAUAAACUAGAAGAGGAAAAUCUGAAACUCCGGGAGGAACUAAAAACGUACCAAAACCAGUGCCAGAAUAUAGAGGCAGGCUUUUCAGAAAUAAGAAAUGAGCUGCAGUCACGGGAUACUCUCUGGAGAAGGAUACAACUGGAAUGCCAACAGUUGCAUAGAGAAUUAUUGAAAAUCAGAGAGUAUAAAGAUAUGCAGGAAAUUCAAAUAAAGCAUCAGUCAUCUUGUGUACAACUUACUGAGCAACUAGAAAAUAAAAACGCUGAGUUAUUACUAUUGGCACAAAGUCAAGCAUGCCAACAAGAAGAGCUAAACAAGAUAAGAAACCAUGUUUAUCGAGAGGAGCAGUCCCAUUGCUCUGAGCAGGAAAGAAUGAAGACAGAAAUCUCUGACCUGACAGAAGAGCUUCAUCAGAAGGAGAUCACUAUAGCAACUAUCAUGGAGAAAGCUAGUCUUCUGGAAAGACAGUUAAAAAUGGAGUUAGAGAUAAAAGACAAAUUGUUAGCAAAACAACAGUUGUUGGAUUUCCAAUACAAAGUUAUCAAAUCUGAAAACACACAUCUAAAAGAGAUCAUGGAAAACCAGGAGUGUAAAAGUUGCACAAGUAUAGAUUUAUCUAACAAAGAACAUGGAAAUUUCACAGCUUCCAUUCACAAACUGGAACAUGAGAAUGUAAGAUUACAAAAUAGUCUUGUUAUACUACAAAAUGACACGGAAACAUCGAUACUGGGUCAUAUGGAUACAUAUAGAGAAACACAGCACAGCUACCAAACCCAUUCAAAGAUGCAAGAAAAGGAAGACAGAGGUCAUGAAAAGAAAAUAGAUUAUAAAUCUCCAUCACCACCAGUGGGGUAUCCUUUGGGCUUUGGGCCGUUUUCUGAAAAAGGCACAACAGGCAGCUUACUGAGCCCUGCUUACGAUGCAGGAGAAACCGAAUUAUCAUCUCCCCCUGAGAUGUCCUUCCUUGCAACAACAGAAAAGUUCCUUCAAGAGGAAGAGAGACAUACAAGAGAGUUUGAAGAACGUUUAAAUUCGCACCUUGAAGAACUGCAAAGACAUUCUGAAAAUACUCUCAAAAAAUAUGCCAGGAUCCAGCAAAGCGGGCAUACUUAA